GCUUCAUAAUUAAUUACCAGCUCAUAAUAAAUUCCUUUUUCUAACGCUUUUCCACACGAUUCCACUUUAAAUACUAACGCACUAUCUUGCUUUGGUGUCAGUUUCAACCCAUCCUUGUAACGCAUCGGAAUGAAAAUCUGGAACCAAUACCUCAAACGGAAAAGAGCACUUUUCCGCUCACAGUAUAAAACGCCAGCCCAACUCUUUGAUAGUGCGUGCGACAUGCUGAUCAAGUGUUUUGCUGUGUGCGGAGGUGAAAGGAUGAAACCGGGCUAUACGCGCCGCAAUGCCCGACUUAUCUUCCUGGUGACCGACCUGAUACUGUAUCUGUUUGUAAACGCUUACUCGAUAGCGAUCGUCUGGGGUUCGCUUAUGGAUGUGGUGUUUUGCUUUGUCACGCUGGGGAUCGCCAUACAGGGUCUUGCAAAGAUUGAAGCCUUCACCUGUCCAGAGCUGAACGAUCUACAUCUGUACAAUGUGGCACGGUUUAAGUUGGAUCCCCGGUUUCCAGAAGUUGAGGACGCACUCUUUCAUACGGCCACUUUGUGUAAGGUGUUCAUACGGAUUCUUGCCGUGGCGUUCUCAAUCGUUGCAUUAGCCAUCUACUCGUACGCCAUCAUGAUGCCACUGGUGGAGGGUGAACUUUCGCUUGCCUUUGGAUUCUAUCUGCCUUUUGUUGACUACCGUACACCGAUCGGGUUUGCCAUUAAUUGGGUGUAUCAGUUCAUACAGGUGUCGGAGGGAUGCAUGGGACUAAUGGCGUGUGAUAGUUGUUUGCUUUUUCUCAUCGUUAAUGCCACAGGUCAGAUGGAUCUGAUCAUCGUCUAUUUACGACGUCUUACGGAACUAAUAGACAGUAAUAGUUUUGGUCAGAAUGAUAAGCAAAUUGCCGAUCUUCUUGGUGAAAUUGUGCUGAAACAUUUGGAACAUACCAAGUAUGUUACGGAUAUGGAUAAACUUCUCAAAAAACAAUUCUUUAUUAGCUUCAGCUGCAUCAUCUUCGAGCUAGUUGCAUCGCUUGCGAUCGUCGUUAGGUUUCCUUGGUAUCCGGGAAUGGCAAUUUGUUUGGUUUGCACUAUUCAACUUUUCGUCAGUUGUACACUUGGAACAUUCCUUUCAUCUAAAAAUGAUAAACUUGUCGAAGAGAUUUACAACGUUAACUGGUACGGUCUUUCAACGAACCACCAGAAAACACUGAAGCAAAUGCUGCUCGCUUCUCAACAUCCUAUUGUACUUUCGGACGGCUUCUCGGCAAUUGAUUUGUUCAACUUUGUGGAGAUUUACAAGAAAAUUUACUCAUACCUAAUGGUCUUACAAAACGUAUCUUAAUUUAUAAGGCUUUUGUCUGGCAAGUUUACUGCUUAAAUUAAUCAAUUUGUUUUACGCUAAACUCACUGCUAACGAGCACAUCAAUCCCACGACGUUCGGCACAAAAAGGAGUGCAUAAAACAAUAAGCCAAAACCAACUCGUACGGACCAUGCUACACCAAUGCUGCAUUAAAAUCGGAAAUCGCAGCAUAAAAAAGGAAACACAAUAAACAAACUUUAAAAGCGAAACAACGCAAUGAAAAAAAAGAAAAUCCAUCGUGAACCGCCCUCCAGUGGGACUUUGCUCCCUUUCGGGGAAGUGAAAUCAUAAUCUCACCCAAUGGCCGACCAAAACAAAACCGAUCGGGAUCGCCGUAGGGAUCCUGGUCCGAUAUGCUACAAUCAACAGUUUCACCAUAACGCUUUUGGUAUGAUUAUAUGCUUAAAGUAUUAGUUCAUAAUAAAUUUCGGCAAACAUAAAUCUGAACCACACCGGCGGUUCCAGAGCCAAAAAGGAGAAGUGCAUAGCAAGCACUGGCGAAGGGAUAAAGAGUUGACCCACAAGUUGGCCCCCCAUGCAAUUAACAUGAAUGAAUGGGAAAUCAUAAUUUCGCCCAGUUUUUUCACCACGCCACGCGUCACAUUUCGCGCUUUGCUGUGCACCUUCUCGUGCCGCACACAGAACAGCAUUUGCGAUAAAAUUGCGAUCGUUUCACACUACCAUUCCGUUGUUUGUCCACCCCUUUUUGGGGCUGGGAUCGAACCGAUAGAGAACAGGGAACGUUUGCUGCCUUUUUGACGAAACAUUUUCCCCCAAAAAAAAACACAUCCCCAUCACGUCCCCAUCCAGAGUUUUGGUUUGGUCCGGUACGGGUCCUGCGGGAUAGCGAUAAAUUAGCCAGCUGUAGCAGCAGCCACUGGUACGGACGAACCGGAUCCGCGUGCGGUACAACACCGAAACGGUUCACGCGGACUAAUAAUUAUCCUAUCCGCUAAAUCAAAAGCUGUUAUCGCCGCUGUCCAAACGCGCCCGAUGAGCAGUUCAAAAUUGGAAAAUAAUUUAUGAAUUAGGCCGUAUCCCGAAGGCGUAUCUGCGCGGUGGGUGGUGAAGCAGUACGGGGAGAGAAAAGGGAACGAUCACGACACCGGUCACUUGCUUCCGUUCUAUUCAUAACCGUAGUUUAGCUGAUGGUUGAGCUUUAUCUGAGCAAUUCGCCAUUAAACCGAUAGUUUGGCCGUGGCUUCACGAGUUAAUGCUGCUUUAAAUGGGAUGCAUUUCCCAUUGCUAAUGUGCUGGAAAAUGUAUUUAAAGCAUGCAGCAACAUGAAACUCCCUUUUAUUGAUCAUUUGGAC